CGCCUUUCUUCCGGUUCCGGUGUCUCCUUACAGCCAUGGCCGCCGCCGUCGCCGCCGCUGGCCCUGGAGCUCCCCUGUCCCCAGACGAAUUGCCUCCGAAGGGUGAUGCUGAGAGGACUGAGGAGGAGCUGGAAGAGGAAGACGACGAGGAGCCGGAUGAGACCCUGUUGGAAAGACUUUGGGGUCUGACGGAGAUGUUUCCGGAGAGGAUCCGGUCCGCGGCCGGAGCCACUUUUGACCUCUCCCUGUUUGUGGCUCAAAAAAUGUACAGGUUUUCCAGGGCAGCCUUGUGGAUCGGGACAACUUCCUUCAUGAUCCUCGUUCUUCCUGUUGUCUUUGAGACUGAGAAGUUGCAGAUGGAACAGCAGCAGCAACUGCAGCAACGGCAGAUACUUCUAGGGCCUAACACAGGGCUGUCAGGAGGAAUGCCAGGGGCUCUACCUUCACUUCCUGGGAAGAUCUAGAUUGUUACUGCUAUUUGACCUGACCUGUCUUGGCAGAAGUUUGAAAAUUCAAUAGUGUUUGAACUCCUGAUUUUUUUUUUUUAACUUGGGUACACUGACCUAUCCAAACCUGGUUGGGAGAAUUUUCCCCAUGUCAUCUCAUGGAGACUCCCUACUUGCAACUGUGCCCUCCAAGCUGUCCUGACUUACUACUUCUGUCCUCACUCUGAUAGCAGAGUGCGGCAGCGCAGACGGGUCCUCCACUCUGGCCAUCCCAUGUCUUUUGCUAAUUGACUCCUGACCAGAUCUCAGUAGUUCAAUGUGGGGGCCAUUGGGAAGGACGUACCCCUGACCGUUGCUGACUGUUGCUAUGCACACCGUAAGAAACACAAACACUUUAUAGCUGCAGUGUAAAAGCCACUGUGAAUUUCUCUGUAUUUUGGAAAAGAUGACUGGCUGGCAGCAGCUUUAAAGCACAGGAUGGGGACGGGAGGGCAGAGCAGCUUCCUUCUGCUGCACAUUUUGGCUGUUAGACCCCUGUGUGUGUAAGACAGUAAGAGUCAAUGCUCACUUUUGUAUUUAAAUAUUAAAAAUGAUUCCGGCCCAAA